AGUCGAUCUUCCCAUGGAUCGACAAGCAUUUCGCGCCCUGGCAGCGGAAGCGAUGAUCAUAGUGGUAGUCAACCAUGACGGGAAGAGGCCUCGUCAUCACUUUCUGAUGCUUUUUCUAGCAUUCCUUACCCAAUGAAUGGGCCUAUGGAAAAUCCCAUAGAUGCCUUGAUCUUGACAAAUGAGAUAUCACAGUCUCACGUCGAUAAAACGCUGAAAGCAACUGAAGGAGUAUCACCACCCAUGGUCGCGCAUCCUGGUUCAACAGUAGAUAUUUCUGGACGUCGACCUUCACUCGUUACAGCUAUGGCGUCAACACAUGUUGACAACGACGAAAAGGGAUUUUCAUUUGGGUCUUCUAGGUCUCACAAAAUUAUUAAAUCUUGGGGGAUUACGGAAGAGGGUAGGAAUAUGAGUAGAGGUGUUGGAGGGGAUGACGUGGCCGCGAAAUUGGGGUCAUAUUUGAAUGAGAAGGAAAAUGAUCAUGCGAAAAUGAUGCAAGUUGCGGGCUUGCCAUUUUAUAUCCCAGCAAAGGUGCCUGAAGAGCAUGAGCGAAGAAAAUCAUCAGAAAUGACAGUUACCGAUACUGAAGUUGACGCGGAUUUUGAUUUCGAGGAGGUUAAUGGUACUUGGAUAUCAGCACAUUCAUCAGCUCAUGCAUCGACGACAAGUCUAGCAACGACCGAUUCAUCUGCCAGUACAAUUAUGGAUGAUCGAUCUCACGACGAUACUUUCGCAGCCGAUACAAGCAUUGCAUGUUCUUCCGGCAGUAGCAUCUAUUCUAGCUCAGCUGCUAGCAUCAGUUCCUGUACAACUGGUACGAGUACUACUGACAUUUAUGGAUGGGAAGAAGAACUUGAACGAAAGAGUAGUGAAGGUUCUCCCUCCUGGGAUCAUCGAAGUGAACUCGGAGCAGCCAUGAGACGUCUUCCAAGCGGUGGUAGAACAAUAGGUACUCGUGGUGGACAUACAGGAGGACUUUCACAAUUUUCUUACAAACGAGCGGAUGGAAAGAAGAAAAGUUUGUUGUAUCGCGUAUUGAACAUUUCACCACCCAAGAGGUUGAACGAUGAUAUGCCUUCGGUCCCAAUAAUGCCUUCUUCCUAUCCGAUACAGAAUACUGCGGUUGAAACGGCACCUUGAUAUUUCCAUUCUUGAACAAAUAUUUUCACACACAUUUGGCAAUUCCAAAGCACGAGGCACGAAAUUGGAGGAAGAGAUGAAAAUAUGACAUGGCAUAUGGCAUAUGGCAUAUGGCAUAUGGCAUACAUUUGGCGUUUUACUUGUAUUAGCAUGUAUGGGUCUAAGAAUUAUUUCCAUGUUCACAUUUUUUGGUGGCAAUCAUUUCAUUUUUGUUAUUGUUUCAUAUCAUAUCAAUGUCUGUCACGAUAAGGGAUGAAAGAAUUUUUGGAUGGAAAAUUGCGCGCGCUUGCUCUUUUUAUUUUAUUUUUCUUUUCUUACUCACAACAUGGCAAAACGGCAUGGAAUGGUAUGGUUGGUUGGUUGGUUUGGUUGGGUCGGGGAUUCAAUCUUAUGUUAACGAUGGGAUGGUAUGGGAUGGAUUGGGAAGGCGUAGAAUAGAAUUUUUUCAUCUCGAGAGUUUUUUGAGCUUCCUUCUUUCUUUCUUUUAUGAUGGGUAUGAUCUAUGUAUGGCAUUGGAUUGGAUUGAAUGGGUUGGUAUGGGAUGAUACAUGGUUGUGGCGUUUUCUUUUCUUCUUGAAGAUCGCUUUCUUAUGGGAUUGGAUUGGAUUGGAUUGUAUGGAUGGGAUGGGAUGGAAGGGAUGGAUGGAUUGAAAUGGGAAGAGGGUCGGUAUUCUGCGCAGUUUUGUUGUGUGUAUGUAUGUUGUAUAGGUUGCAUUGUUUGAGGGUGGAUUGAUAGGGGAGGGAAAGAGUACAGUAUGAUUGAUUAUACGAUAGUCGUUAGUCUGCUGAUAGGUGUGUAUAAGAUAGAAUGGAUGGAUGAAGAAGGAGAAAUUUGUAUAUUUUCGAUAGAUAUUUAAGUGGGGUAUUAUACUAUAUACAACUUGUAUAGA